ACAAAGCAUUGGCAAGGCAUAUAAAAGAGUCUACGAGACACCGAAGUAUAUUCAUCAGACGAUCACUACUUUUCUUCUCAUCAUGCAAACCUUCUCAUCUCUUCUUCUUGCUUUGGGUCUUUUCUCUGAAGCUUCUGCUCAAUUGGCUGCCUGGCCAUCGCAGAGUUACUCUCCAUUCUACCAAGCAUUGUUUGGUGGUGCUAGCACCCCAGUUCUCUCUGCUCCAGUUGCAAAAACCGCUCCAUCUGCAAUUCCACUCGCUGCUCCAGCUCUUCCAGUUCCAGUUGCUGCUGCGCCAUUCUUCGCAUCACCAGCACCAGUGCUCGCAGCUCCAGCUCCACUUUUGGCUCCACCAGCUCCAGUCUUCGCUGCCCCACGACCAGUCUUCGCUGCCCCAGCUCUUGCUCCAGUUGCUCCAAUGGCCCCAGUUCUUCGUGGUCCAGCUUUCGCCUACGCUCCAUCUCCAGUUCUUGCUCCAGUUGGAGUCGCCCCAGUUGCCCCAGCUCCAGUCUUCGCUGCUCCAGCUUUUGCACCAGUUGCUCCAGUUCUUGCUGCCCCAAGAUUUGUCCCGGCUUACGCUCCAUUCGCCCGUGCUGCUAUGUUCAUCGGAUCCAACAAGGCCAAGACCGCAUAAGAAGGCGCUUCUUGCUCAAGAAGUCUUCAACGACAAAUUAUCAUUUUUGUAUAUAUCGAUCACUUUUAUAUCUUUUCAUUUUUUACCAACAAUGAUUAUCUAUUUAUUAUUCGACUCGUCUAAUAAAUUAUGGAUACUUUUUUC